AGCUUGUUACCUGUAUGAAAGACACCUGGGAGCCAGAAAUCCUGCUGAAUGAUAGGGGUGUAUAUGUUACUCCUGAAUUCCAAUUAAUGAAAGAGGUGGAGCCAAGGACACUUCUAAUGCACAUUGCGAGAAGCCCACAGUGUGCAGUGACAUCAGAGGAAGCCGUUUCAGUCCAGGAGAGGAGCCGGUACACCUGUGCAAGACUGAAGGGGAGGAGCCGGUACACCUGUGCAAGACUGAAGGGCCGGUAGGAGCCAGUACACCUGUGCAACACUGAAAGGGAGGCCGGUGAUCGAUGUGCAGGUAGAAUGA